CGCUUAGCUUCUAAUUAUUUCAGUGGAGUACUUGCCCUGGCAAUUACUGUAGGAAGCAAAAUAUACCCAAUGCACUUUAAAUCCCCAAAUCGCUCUAUUCACAAUCGGCCACAGCCAGCAAUAUGAAAUAAAGCACAUCAUAGGGCAGACGGAAUGGAAGAAGAACAAACAUCCUCGUUUUAGAGUUCAAAACACGAAAAUAUUCAAACGACCAAGAGGGAGUACAAGGCGGGCGAUGGUCCGAAGAUCAUUUGUUAAGCUCUUUUCACGAUCACUUUUGAUGGUGUCCAGUCGUUUAGCCCUUUUUGGUGCAGCCUCAAUCAAUUCUGCGAUAAUAAUUUGUUGUGCUUCUCAGGUGAAAUCGUCUGCAAACAGGAGAAUUAAAACGGCCCCAAAUGAACAGGCACUUGGCCAUUGUAGAGAGAACACAGAACUUUUGGGAGUGAAUUCCAGAAACUUUCUAAAAAGGCUUGUUAAAAAGGAGUCUUUUCAUUGCUCGCUUUUACCUCUGGCCAGGCGCAGUCUUUUUUCUUCGGCUCCUAAUCCGCAUCGUAACGCAUUUUUCUCUAAUAGGAAAAAAAACACAAAACCGGGUUCCACGCGGUGCUUUAGUGGCUAAAAUUGAAAGAGCCGCUUCACAAGGGCACAACAGUAUGAAUCGCUUUGGAAAAUUGGCUGCUCUGAAUAGGUGAAGGAGGAAAACGUUUAAUCAGGUCCUGGGGAGAUUCUGAGAUUUCAAUCUGCUAUUGCCACAGGUGGAAUCUGGACUUUCGCCCCUUGAGUCCAUAAAUAGAGAGAGGACUGAAUCAGAAAGAAAUGUGUCCAUUUUUUAAACUUUCGUAAAAUAUGUACAGGUUUUAGAUGUAUGCCGUAUGACCACGUAGAGAGAAGUACUCCUCAGGAAACCGACUUCAAAAUGUACUCAGUGCAGUACAGUAUCUAUACUUAAAUCCGUGAGAAUAAUGAAUACUUAUAUCUUAGCGCAGUUAUUUUUGUAACUUGCUCCAGGAAUGUGUGUGUGUGUGUGUGUGUGUGUGUGUUGGGGGAAGGGGGUAAAUUCCAAAUUAAUAAAAGACAAUUGUUUUAGGAUUGCUUUAGGCUUAAGUUGUCCGUUGCAUACAUUAUUGCGGUCGGGCCUCAUUUCUUAUUCAUUCAAGAUGUGAUUUCUCCAGUCCGAGCCGGAGCUUGGCCGACGAAAUGGAGUUCAAAUGAAUGUUUCAUUAUGUAAAAAAAAUCUGGAACAUUAGCCCUUCUAUGAAGUGAUGAUAAUGAUUAAUAGUGAGACUGCGGCAAACAGGGCUUUUUCUAACCAUUUAAAAAGCAGCCCAUAAGCGAUGUAAACAGACUUAGCGAUAGAUUAAAGCAUAUUAAAUGCACAAUUAUUUUUUCAUACCCCCACAGCCACUUCGCCCACGAGCAUUGUGGGUGUUGGUGGGAGAUUGGAAUGGGCUGAUGCUAUUUGGAUGUCACCUUGCUAAGUGACUUCAUGUGAUGUCAGCUAAAUGCAACAGACAGUGAUCUCACACUGAUGAGGAUGUGUGCUAUCAAAAUGUGACAGUAUAGCCACACGCAGUCCUUGGAUAAUCUGCUCCGCUCUCUAGUAAAUGUAGAACCCGUUAAGAAUAGACGGUGGCGUCUGGCACAUCACUCCUCAGGGAGAUCAGAGCGGCUCUAGUCAGCGGCUGCUCACACCAAGUCCUGGGAUGGCAAGCUCUGGUCACUUGGAGACAGUUGUGUCCUGUCCCAGGCAGACGGCAAGGAAUGGAACCUCCGCCACGACCUGCAAUGGAGCUACCCCGAAGGCACUGGCCUUUUCCAUCGAAAGGAUCAUGGCCAAAACCUCAGAACCAAGGAACCAGACUGAACAAAGACAAAGCUUGGAGAAAGCCGAAGGCAAAAAGGUCGGGAAAUUGUGUUCUCCUGUCCCGUGUAUGCUUCCUAUCCAACCUUUCCCUUACGACUUGCAAACUAAAGCGCUCUUGAACUAUUCGGAGGUAUGGAAGACUAAUCUCAGGGGGUCACUUUGUACUUCUGCGGCAAUGUGUAAAUCAAACUGUGGGAUGUGCUGUAAAACUGACUUAACUUUAGGCCCUUCUAUGAUGACAGCGAACAGACUGAUAAAACCCCAAGUCAUAAACCAAACAGUCGCUAUGCCUGCCAACGGUUCCCUUUAUUAUUUCAACUAUCUGGACACUACCUACCAUCCUUCAGAGUUGCUUCGUGGACAUCACAUCUUCCCAUCUCAAAUUCUCGGUUCUCAGCCCCCAGCCUCGCUAUCUGCUCACCAGAAACUUCUUUUGUUGGAGAAUGCUAAAUUUGCUAGCUUGGCCGCGGAGAAAUAUCCAACGCCGCAAUUUCCUCACAAAGAACGGAUCCCAGGGCAGCUGGACCAAGUGAUCAAAGAAAACAACAGCUUUCCAGUCGAAAAGAAUGUAAUUAAAAAUCAUCAAAAACUGAGCAACACCUCAAACGAUGGCAAACCCAAAAACUUUACCUGUGAAGUGUGUGGAAAGGUUUUUAACGCACAUUAUAACUUAACACGUCACAUGCCAGUUCACACUGGUGCCAGGCCGUUUGUGUGCAAGGUCUGUGGGAAGGGUUUUCGACAGGCCAGUACCCUCUGCAGACAUAAAAUAAUCCAUACACAGGAGAAACCACAUAAAUGCAAUCAGUGCGGAAAAGCUUUUAACCGAAGCUCCACUCUAAACACUCACAUUCGGAUCCACGCUGGUUACAAGCCCUUUGUUUGCGAGUUCUGUGGGAAAGGAUUUCACCAAAAAGGAAACUACAAGAAUCACAAACUGACUCACAGCGGAGAAAAACAGUUUAAAUGUAAUAUCUGCAACAAAGCAUUCCAUCAGGUGUAUAAUUUAACGUUUCAUAUGCAUACUCACAACGACAAAAAGCCUUUCACUUGCGGAGCUUGUGGGAAAGGAUUUUGCAGGAACUUUGAUUUGAAGAAGCAUAUAAGGAAAUUACACGACGGUAAUUCCGCCACAGCCCCAGCGAACGAGCGUUCAAGGGUGGGGCAAAGUUAGUUUUAUAGACUUCGAUUUAGGGUUUUUGAGCGGACAAUCAAUUCUGUACAUUGCAUUUUGAAACAAGAUCUAUUUGAGAUUGUUCGAUGCACUGCAAUGCUCUUUACUUCGCACAGUUAUGCAACAGUGGACAAUUCAUAAGAUAACUUUCCACACUUGAAUUUGUAUGUUUAAAUGGAUCGAAGUCUGUGCAGAAAAAAAACUACAGAGAAGCGACAGCAUGUCUUAGUCCUACAAUAUUCCAAAAGUGUUGUGAAUCGAUAGUAAUGUAAAUAUUCAUGUUAAUUAAAUGUCAUAUCAUUAUUUUUCCUGUAUUGUAGUAUUUUAUAAAUGAAACUUACCGUGGAUUGAUAAAUCUUACAUUUUAAAGUAUCUGUUAGGACGUUGAUUCGUUUGCAUUUCUGUACAAUUUAAUCCGUUGUAAAAAUUGAACGUGUCUACCUGCAAAAUAAAAAAUAAAGUUUUCAAUUCUGCAUUUGUUUGAAUAGCACGGAUACGCAAAUACGGAGCGAUAGCUGCCUUGCUUAUUCACAACACAAGAACAAAUCUUUGGGCAACGAUACAAACUGAUAGGAAGAUAGAUUAUUUGUUGACUUUUAACAAUAAGAUAUUGCACCUAUUUCUACUGAAGUGUUAUCUUUAUUUUGAAUGCUUUUUUUAUACAACGUAAUAGAGAUUAGGAAACACACGGAUCGUUUGCACGAAAUGCGGCUCCGAACAGUUUCAAGUAACAAAUACCUAGCAUUUUGUUACUUUUGCUGGCAACUCAGAAGUGACUCGGAGACAUGUUGUGCCAAGGGAGGGAAGGAAAGCUGUUAACAUGUCUCCACGCAGAGCAGAUGGGCGAGCUCGAUGGUUUUAAAGUGAAGAUUGGUCAGUGGACUUCUUCCCAGUGUCUCGUCUUUCCUCAGCAUUCCACUUGUUCAAAUAA